UAAACCCCAGAACCCUAGAAUCGGCACUAUCGCUGUUGUCUCAGGCCUUGGUUUGGCUUGCGGAGCAGAUUUUACGACGCCAUCGACAGGUCGAUUGAGCCGAAUGCGUUGUUCUGAUGCUGUACAGUGCGACGAAUUCUUCUCUGCUCAUUUUUCCCGCACAUGAAGUUUGUGGGUUCGAAGUGACUGGAACAGAAACCUUGGCUCUUCCAGAACUGUUGUAACAAAUGGGCAAGAAAGCGAAGAAGAAAGCUGUUGCACCGCCGUCAACGGCAGCAGAGAAUGGACACGUAGCAGGCAAUGGAAGCAGUGCUGCUGUGUAUAAGGACGUAGCUCCGGAUUCAACUACGCCCAACUUCGAAUUGCGAGGCAUGCAGAAAUGGAUUUCAAAUUACAAGUCAAAGAGACCUGGAGUUGAAGUUCUGCAACGUCAAAUUGAUCAAUGGAUGGCGGAUUAUGAUGCUCGGGAGCUGCAAGCUAAGAAGGACAGAGAAGCCGCUGAUGCCGAGGAUGGAUGGACAGUGGUUGUAGCUAAAACUGGUAGGAAAAAGACCACGGAUGAUUCUGGUAUUGCUGUAGGAGCUGUAUCAGCAGAAGCUGCAGAAGAUCGUGGCAAUAAGAAACGUAAAAAGAAAGAAAACUCCGCUCUCGACUUUUACAGGUUCCAAAGACACGAAGCUCGAAGAAACGAGCUUCUGGAGCUGCAACAAAGAUUUGAGGAGGAUAAGAAAAGAGUUGCACGGCUGAAGGCUGCACGGAAGUUUAGACCAUUUUGAAUGACAUGUGUCGUUGUAGUGGCAUUAUGUUUUUACUACUAACUAGCUUUGUUGGAUCCUUAUCGCAUCCACAAUUGUAGUGGUAUGAUGUUUACUCCUAGUAUCAAAGGUACUCAAUAUUAGCUUGUACGCACGUGACAAAUUUGACGAGAUGUGUUUUUCACAUUCAGACUGUCCCUGCAAACUAUUUUCCGCGUAUGAUUCCCUGCAGUACGAUGGGUAUUUCAAUGUUGUAUUCCGAAAAACUAGGAUGUAGUGUACAAUAGGCGGAACUCUAAUCCACUUGUUAUUUACCAGUGA